AUGCAAUUCUCUAAACUCUUUUCUUCUCUUCUUAUGUUUUCAUUGGCUGUUGCUGCUCCUCCCUUUUAUAAUAAGGAUCUGAAUUUGAAUAAACGUGGGGUUGUCUAUGUGACGAAUGUCAAUACUCAACAAGUUACUGCUACUCAAACAAUUGAUUCUGUUACUUCUACUUCCGUGGCUUAUCUGGUUCAAACUUCAACCACAACAGUUACCAGAUAUACUGCAACUGUGACUUUAACUAUCAGUGGCGUGCCUCAUGAAUAUACAACUGUUGCUACUACUUCCGUUAGUCCUUCUGAUGUUGCUCCUAUUAGUGAAAAUGAAGUAACCACAUAUACUCCAUCUACCACUAUAACUAGUCAAUCCAGUGCCAGUACUACUCCAGCUACCACAAGUUCUACUCCAGCCACCACAAGUACCACUCCAGCUACCACAAGUUCUACUCCAGCCACCACAAGUACCACUCCAGCUACCACAAGUUCUACUUCAGCUACAACCAGUGCUAGUACUAGUUCAUCAGAAAUGCAAACUACUUCAUCCACAUCUUCCAGUUUUGUCCCUACGGUUACGCCUUCUUCAACAACUGACAAUAAUGAACCUGCUACAGUGACAGUCAAGAAUGUUGUUACGAGAAUGAUUAUCUACAUCGCGCAACUCCAGCAGCACUCUACUGCCCCAUCCACCCAAUCCUCGUCUUCAACUGCUUCCACAUCGACAUCUUCUUCAGUUGCUCCAACAAAGACAUCUUCUCUGUCUUCAUCAAGUUUGAAGACUGUGUCUAGUACUAUUGUUGAGGGAUCCAGUCUUAUUACAGAUGCCCCUUCUGUAUCUGAAGCAACAAACGAAGGUUGGAUCUUGGAUAACAUCUAUACUACCACUGAAGAUGUUAACGUUCCAAAGACUAGAAAGACCUACUGUAAGGGUAAGCAGUGCAGAAAGCACACCCAACACAAGGUUACCCAAUAUAAGGCUGGUAAGGCCUCCUUGUUUGCUCAAGGUAAGAGAAGAUAUGACCGUAAGCAAAGUGGUUUCGGUGGUCAAACCAAGCCUGUCUUCCACAAGAAGGCUAAGACUACCAAGAAGGUUGUCUUGAGAUUGGAAUGUGUUGUUUGCAAGACCAAGGCUCAAUUGUCCUUGAAGAGAUGUAAGCACUUCGAAUUGGGUGGUGAUAAGAAGCAAAAGGGUCAAGCCUUGCAAUUCUAA